AUGGCGACACCUUCCGAACUUCGUGUGAACGAGCCCACCGACGGCGAUAUCCAUCAGGCAGCAGGAGAGUGUGACGAAGCACGGGGCCAAGUGCUGGAACAAUUUAGACCAUCAUUCAUAGAGUCGGCUGGAGCAUUCAAUACUCCUAAUUCAUUAGCCAGUGAAUUGAAGAAGGCGAGGAUCUAUAAGGGCCGAGUUCGUGGCCAGUUGGGGCGCCUUGAAGAACAAGCUGGUAACAUCAUAAUCAACAACGAGGAGGACGAGGCGCUGGUUGCUCAGCUAGGCGAACAAGAAGAACAGCUUCGAAGG